AUGCAUAUCUCCACUUCGUUCGUUUUUGGCGUAGCUGCCUUCUCUGCGGCCGUCAACGCGGUGCUCACCCGCGUCAAUGACUUCGGAUCGAAUCCGACGAACCUUCAGAUGAACAUCAAUGUCCCAGCAAAAUUGGCCGAUAAACCUGCUAUCAUUCUGGCCUUGCACCUCUGCGCCGGUACAGGCGAAUUGUACGCCCUAUUGACAAAGUACAACGCCCUCUCAGAAGAGAAAGGAUUCAUCACUAUCUUCCCUUCCUCCAAGAAAGACCUCAAUUGCUGGGAAGUCAACACCGCAAAGGGCCUCUCGCGCGAUGCAGGCGGCGAUAACCAAGGCCUCGUCAACAUGAUCAAGUACACCAUCCAGAAGUACAACGCCGACCCGACUAAAGUCUUCGUUACGGGAAGCAGCUCAGGCUGCAUGAUGACCAACGUCCUUAUGGCCACCUACCCCGAUGUCUUCGCCGCAAGCACAUGCUACUCCGGCGUAGCAGCAGGCUGUCUUGCAGGUAGCCCCGGCGCCAGUCCCAUAAGCUCAGACCCCAGAUGCGCCAAUGGUCAAAUUAUCAAAACACAGGCGGAGUGGGUAGCACAAGCUAAAGCUAUGUAUCCUGGUUACAACGGCCCUUACCCACGUAUGCUGACGUGGCACGGUACUGCGGACUUGCUUGUCAAACCACCGAACCUAGGCGAGCAGUUGAAGCAGUGGUCAGGCAUGCAUGGCGUGGAGUUCAGCAAGAAUGUUACGAAUACCCCUCAGAGUGGGUAUACGCAGAUUGUUUAUGGAGACGGGUCCAAGCUUAUGGGGUAUAUUGCGGAAGGGGUCGGACAUACGGUGCCUGUGCAUGAGGCAGAAGAUUUGAAAUGGUUUGGGCUUUGA